AUGUUAUCGAUCUUAUCGAACCCCGUGGUGUCUAAAAUGUGAGUUUGUUUUUUUUUAUUUUAGAAAAAAAACACGUGGGAUUUUUUGCAGAACGAAUUGGAUGAGUUUUACGGACGAAGCAGAUACGCAAUUAAGCAGAGUCGAAGCGAGACUUUUUGAAAAUUUCGACAUCGAAUAUUCUGCAAAAUAUGUCCCGGUUCGCUUCAAAAACAGUGAGAUUUACACAAUCACAAUCAAUAAUGGCAAAGAGAAAAAUCCGACGGAAGCAGUCGUUUUUAUUCCCGGAUUCGGAGCUGGAACAGCAAUGUGGUGUGCAAAUCUCAAAGAAUUAUCGGAAAAUCAUACAAUUUAUAUUUUCGAUAUGAUUGGAUUUGGUCGAUCAUCAAGACCAACAUUUUCAUCAGAUCCUUCAAUUGCUGAACUCGAAAUGGUUGAAUCGAUUGAAGAUUGGAGAAAGAAUAUGGGAAUUGAGAAAAUGCACAUCGUUGCUCAUUCUUUUGGUGCAUAUAUUGCAGCUGCUUAUGCUCUAGAACAUAGUUCAAGAAUUAAUCAUCUGAUUUUAGUUGAUCCAUGGGGUUUUGCUGAAAAAGUUGAUGCAAAUGAACAACUCGUACGUUUGCUUUAGAAAUGAAAUUUUGAAAAAAAAAGUGCAUUUCAGAUAAAACCGUAUGAAUGGAUGUCAUUUCUUGGAGGAGUUGCUGGCUCUUUAAAUCCACUUUCACCAAUGAGAUGGAUGGGACCAUUUGGUAAGUUUUUCUCUUUCGAAAAUCCCCUCCCUACAACUGUUUUUCAGCUCCCGCGAUUGUGCAGAAAUUGCGCCCCGAUCUUCAAUUAAGAUUCAAAAGUAUUCGAUCAAAUGAUAUCUAUAAGUAUGUGUAUCUAUGUAAUCUUCCCGAGCCAACUGGUGAAACUGCUUUUAUGAGUAUGACACUUCCUGUGGGAUGGGCUAAAAGACCAAUGAUCAAAAGGUUCAGCGGUAUUCAUACAAGUGUUGGUGUCACUUUCAUUUAUGGCAGCAAAAGUUGGAUUGAUCCAGGACCAGCGAUGGAUAUUCAAUCAUAUCGUGAUGGUUAUGUUGAUAUAAAAGUUUUGCGAGGUGCUGGUCAUCAUGUUUAUGCCGAUGAUCCAACCGAAUUCAACAAAAUUGUCAAAAAUGUGGUGGAAGGUCGAUUAGAACAACCAAUCUAUGAUUAUACUGAUGACGAAUAG